CUAGCUUGUGCUGGAGGUAGGGGAACAGCAGGUGAUGAGGCCUGACAGAUUGAAACCACAAUACUGUGGGCCUCCAAGGUCACGCCUAGGAGGCUGGGCUUAGAAGGGCCAGCAUUUCUGCUGUCAUUCCUCCCCCCCACCCCUGCCUGCCUCAGGUCUCGGGGUCAACUUGGAGUGCCCAGUCCUGAUAUACCUGCCAGUUCUGCCCUCUGGUGGCCGUGUGGCUGCAAGCAUUUCCAUUAAACAUUUCUGAACCCCAAUUUCCUCAUCUGUAAAACAGCUGGUUGAUGGUGAUAUUUAUAGUACUGUUGUGAUUAGAAAUAAUAAAGACAGGCCGCUUCAGGAUGAAGCCGAACAUCUCUUUCCCAGCUGUUGGCUGCCAGAAACUCAUUGAAGUGGAUGAUGAGCGCAAACUGCGUACCUUUUAUGAGAAGCGUAUGGCCACAGAAGUUGCUGCCGAUGCUCUGGGCAAGGAAUGGAAGGGUUACGUGGUGCGAAUCAGUGGUGGCAAUGACAAACAAGGCUUCCCCAUGAAGCAGGGUGUCUUGACCCAUGGCCGUGUCCGCCUGCUGCUGAGUAAGGGGCAUUCCUGCUACUGACCCAGGAGGACUGGAGAGAGGAAGCGCAAAUCUGUUCGGGGUUGCAUUGUGUAUGCCAAUCUCAGUGUUCUCAAUUUGGUUAUUGUGAAAAAAGGGGAGAAGGAUAUUUCUGGAGUCACGGAUACUACUGUGCCUCGUCGCCUGGGGCCCAAAAGAGCCAGCAGAAUCCGAAAGCUUUUUAAUCUGUCAAAAGAAGACGAUGUCCGCCAGUAUGUUGUUAGAAAGCCCCUAAACAAAGAAGGUAAGAAACCUAGAACCAAAGCACCCAAGAUUCAGCGUCUUGUUACUCCACGUGUCCUCCAACACAAAUGUCGGCGUAUUGCUUUGAAGAAACAGCGUACUAAGAAAAAUAAGGAAGAGGAUGCAGAAUAUGCUAAACCUUUGGCCAAGAGAAUGAAGGAGGCCAAAGAAAAACGCCAGGAACAGAUUGCCUAGAGACGGAGGCUGUCCUCUCUGAGAGCUUCUACCUCUAAGUCUGAGUCCAGUCAAAAAUGAGAUUUUCUCAGAGUGACAAAAUAAAUAAGAUCAGACAC